CGCUCCCAGAAUACAAAGACCGGGGGGGACGGAAAGGAAGAAAAAAAAAACUCAAAAUAGCCCGCGGCCUCCUCUCCCCCUCUCCCCGCCCCGCCCCCGCCGCCUUCGCGCGCCGCCUGCCUGCCGCCGGCGAGAUGGGGGUCAAGGGUUUGACGAAGCUACUGGCGGACAACGCGCCCAAGUCGAUGAGGGAGCAGAAGUUCGAGAGCUACUUCGGCCGCCGCAUCGCCGUCGACGCCAGCAUGUGCAUCUACCAGUUCCUCAUUGUAGUUGGAAGGACAGGGAUGGAAACCCUUACAAACGAAGCCGGUGAUAUCACCAGUCAUUUGCAAGGCAUGUUCAGCCGGACAAUAAGGUUGCUCGAGGCAGGAAUUAAACCAGUAUAUGUUUUUGAUGGCAAGCCUCCUGAAAUGAAGAAGGACGAGCUUUUAAAAAGACACGCAAAGAGGAAUGAAGCAACAGAAGAGCUGACGAAGGCAGUAGAGGCAGGAGAUACGGAUGCAAUUGAAAAAUUCAGCAAGAGAACUGUAAAGGUCACGAAGCAGCACAAUGAUGAUUGUAAGCGUCUACUAAGACUGAUGGGUGUUCCUGUUGUGGAGGCUCCUUGUGAAGCAGAAUCACAAUGUGCUGCCCUUUGCAAGAAUGACAAGGUGUAUGCUGUUGCAUCCGAAGAUAUGGACUCACUUACUUUUGGAGCUACACGGUUUGUUCGUCAUUUGAUGGAUCCAAGUUCCAGGAAAAUACCUGUUAUGGAAUUUGAAGUUGCGAAAAUUCUUGAGGAGCUUGAAUUCACUAUGGACCAAUUCAUUGACUUGUGCAUCCUCUGUGGAUGUGACUACUGUGAUAGCAUUAAAGGCAUUGGUGGUCUUACAGCUCUGAAGCUCAUUCGUCAGCACGGGUCCAUUGAGGGCAUUCUGGAAAAUAUUAAUAAAGACAAAUAUCAAAUUCCUGAGGACUGGCCUUAUCAAGAGGCUCGGCGCAUGUUCAAGGAACCCGAUGUAACACUGGAUAUUCCCGAGCUCAAAUGGACUGCACCUGAUGAGGAGGGCCUCGUGAACUUUCUGGUGAAAGAAAAUGGUUUCAAUCAAGAUCGUGUGACAAAGGCCAUAGAGAAGAUUAAAUCAGCGAAGAAUAAAUCAUCCCAAGGAAGGCUCGAGUCAUUUUUCAAGCCAACUGUUAGCACAUCAGUGCCAUUGAAGCGGAAGGAAACUGCAGAGAAACCAGCCAGUGCAGCCGCUAGCAAGAAGACGAAGUCAACCCGCGGAAGGAAGAAAUAAGUUGAAUGCGCGAACUAAAAGCUGCAGUCGCGUGCUCAGCUAGAUCAGUCUCCUCCUGUUGUGUAACUCAAAUCUUUGUUCGGUGCUCUCUCGUCGUCUCAUGUUCAAAGAUUAGGUAAAUUAGCGACUUGAGAAGGGAAAAACAAAACUCUGUCUCAUGUUUGUUCAUCUGCUGAUAGUUGUAGGAUCGUACUUUCCUGUUAUGGAGAAUUCAUUGUUGCAAUUUUAGGGUGGAUUGCUUUGGUUGA